CCGGGCGCCGGGCGGCUCCGGGCGCCGCGCGCACACGCGCACACACACACACACACAUACACACACAGACACACCGGGCCGGCUCCCGAGGGCGCCAGCGCGGCCCCGGGGAGCGCGAGCUGGGGGAGCGCGCGGCCUGCGGUCAGCGGCCCAGCGGCCGGAAAGAUGGUGUCCUGGAUGAUCUCCCGAGCCGUGGUGCUGGUGUUUGGAAUGCUCUAUCCGGCGUACUAUUCCUACAAAGCUGUGAAGACGAAAAAUGUCAAGGAAUAUGUCCGCUGGAUGAUGUACUGGAUUGUCUUUGCCCUCUAUACUGUGAUUGAAACCGUGGCUGAUCAGACACUUGCAUGGUUUCCCCUGUACUAUGAGCUGAAGAUUGCCUUUGUCAUCUGGCUGCUCUCACCCUACACCAGAGGGGCAAGUUUAAUAUAUAGAAAGUUCCUUCAUCCUCUUCUUUCUUCAAAGGAAAGGGAAAUUGAUGAUUACAUUGUCCAAGCCAAGGAAAGAGGCUAUGAGACGAUGGUUAACUUCGGGCGUCAAGGUUUGAAUUUGGCGGCUGCAGCCGCGGUCACAGCAGCAGUGAAGAGCCAAGGAGCCAUAACGGAGCGUUUGCGAAGUUUCAGCAUGCAUGAUUUGACGGCUAUCCAAGGGGAUGAGCCUGUGGGACAGAGACCCUACCAGACUUUGCCAGAAGCGAAGAGGAAGAGCAAACCAGCCAGUGAAACAGCAGCCUAUGGAAUUCCACUGAAAGACGGAGGUGAGCAAACCGAUGAAGAAGCGGAGGGGCCAUUCUCGGACGACGAGAUGGUGACUCACAAGGGGCUGCGGCGAUCCCAGAGCAUGAAGUCUGUCAAGACCAUCAAAGGCCGCAAAGAGGUGCGGUAUGGUUCCCUAAAAUAUAAAGUGAAGAAGAGACCACAGGUGUAUUUUUAGCGUCUACACCUCACCUAUCUCAAGACAAAUAAUCCUAACAAAUCAACUUCAUUUUCUAACUCAAUGUAUUCAGGACUUAUACUUUAAAUCUUCCGAUUGUGGCAAUGAUGGGAUUUACUUUAAUAACAUUAAAUAGUUCGUUUCUUUAACAAUUACUUUU